AUGUUAGCCAAAAAGCACCAGGAUCAGCAAGGCCAGCCCGACACCCAAGACAAUCCCAAGCAUGUGGAUGGGCUCUUGCCCUGUCCCAGCACAAGACACAAAGCCUCCACAGGAUUGGAGUCCUUCAAGCGGAUCGGCAUCCCCGUCCUGGCAGGAGUGCUCAGCCUCGCCUUCCUGGUUACGGUUGGGUUCCUGGUCAAGGUGUACCUGGACUACCACUACUUCUUCUGCAAACAGCCCCUGAAGCUGGUGCCACUGCAGCAGGUGUGUGAUGGGCAGAUGGACUGUCCGCAGGGCGAGGACGAGGACAACUGUCCCCAGUGGGUCCCUGAGGGGCCAAUGGCUGGUGCCCGUGUUUCCAAAGACAGAUCCAUCCUGCAGGUGCUGAACAGGAACACCAAAGCCUGGUCCUGCGUCUGCUACGACCACUUCAACCUGGCGCUGGCAAAAGCAGCCUGCGAGCAAAUGGGCUACAGGAGCACCCCCAUUUUCUGGGGAGUGGAGGUGGGCGCAGGGCAGCCCCUUCCUCCCCGCGAAGUCGUGCUGUACAACGGCAGCCUCCUGGUGCCCGAGCCAGGCAGGAAAUGCCUCUCUGGAUCUGUUGUUUCGCUCCUUUGUUCCAAGUGUGGGGAGAGCACAAGGACUCCGCGCGUGCUGGGGGGCAGCCCGGCCACCAUCGAGGCAUGGCCCUGGCAGGUCAGCCUGCAGUACAGGAAGGAGCACAUCUGUGGCGGCAGCAUCAUCGACCCGGGCUGGGUCCUGACCGCAGCCCACUGCUUCAAGAACAACCCCAUCGUCCGCAGCUGGCGCGUGAAAGCCGGCUCCAGCCUCCUCUCGAGCAGCUCCACCCUCGCUGUGGAGAAGGUUUUCCUGGCUGAGGUGACACCCGCGUCCCCCAAGGACAAUGACAUUGCCCUGGUGAAGCUGCAGGCUCCCCUGCGUGUCUCAGACAGCAGCAAGCCCAUCUGCCUGCCCUAUUUUGAUGAGGAGCUGGUGCCAGGCACAUCUCUGUGGGUGACAGGCUGGGGCUACACAGAGGAGCAUGGCAAACUGUCGGAGACCUUGCAGCAGGCAGAGGUGAAACUCAUCGACAAGGAGAGCUGCAACCUAGCCGCCUACCACGGGGAGGUCACCGAGAAGAUGCUGUGUGCCGGCCUGCCGCAGGGCGGGGUGGACACCUGCCAGGGGGACAGCGGCGGGGCCCCCCUCUUCACCGGCCGGCAACGCUUUUUUUUCGUCAGCUGGGGCCAGGGCUGUGGGACCCCCAGCACACCCGGUGUCUACACCAGCGUCCGUGCCUACCUCAACUGGAUCUACACCAUCCGCAGG